AUGCCAACUCUUGUAGCAGAGAAGCAAAGAAUACAGGGGCAGCUCCAAAUGGAAUUUGGUGACGAUCAGUUUGAGAGGAUCCUAUUUGACUUUGGGCUGGAAUUGGACGGUGUCAUGGAGGAGGAAGGGAAGACUAUGUACAAGAUAGAUAUUCCGGCAAACCGAUAUGAUCUUCUUUGUACGGAAGGGCUUUGCUAUGCACUGAAGGCGUUUCUCUCGAUAGAGAAGUAUGAGGACAUAAAGAUUGAGGAGGGGGAGAUUGUUGUCCAUAAGGCCGGUGGAGAGGAGAGGCCCCACAUAGCCUGUGCGGUUGUCAGGGGAGUGGAUCUUCUAUCUGAGGGUGCUUACAAAAGCUUCAUUGAUUAUCAAGACAAGCUUCAUCUGACUAUUGGGAGGAACAGAACGAUAGUAUCAAUGGGGACACAUGACCUCGAUAAAAUAGAGGCGCCUGUAUUCUACAAGAGUGAGGUUCCCGACAAGAUUGUAUUCAAGCCUUUGAAUGCAGACGAAGAAAUGAGUGCCCGGGAACUGACCUCGUACUUCCCUCCUGGAAGCAAAAUCGGGAAGUACAUGAAACUCAUUGAGAAGAAUGAAAGGUACCCUUACUUCUCGGACUCCAACGGGACUGUCAUGUCGUUGCCUCCUGUGAUAAACUCCGAUGCAACCAAGAUAAGCCCUGAAACCAAGAAUAUAUUUAUUGAUAUAACAGGGACCGACUUCCAUAAGGUUAAUACGGCACUAAAGCUAUUGCUAGGAUGCUUCCGAGGAAAGAGGAUAGAAAGCGUUGUGGUCAUGGACGGGGAUAAGAGGACUAGGACGCCUGUAAUGCAUAAUCAUUCGUACACAGUUAAGCUGGGGGAGAUUAACAAGAAUCUUGGACUGGACAUAUCGCUGGAGGUUGCAAAGACCUAUAUGGAGAGGAUGAUGCACCGUGCAAGUAUGGUUGACCAAGACACCCUUAAUGUUAAGGUUCACGACAUUAGGUCGGACGUUAUUCACAAAUGUGAUUUGAUAGAAGACUUGGCCAUUGCCCAUGGAUUCAACAACUUCAGAAGGGAACUGCCCUCUGUUGUUACGGUGGGGUCAGAGGUUCCCUUGAAUAAGUUUUCUGAUAAGCUUCGAGCAGAGCUCUCCAUUAUGGGCUUUGACGAGGCUCUGACUCUGACUCUUUUAUCGCAUGAGGAAAAUAUGAUUGACGGAGACAAGGCAGUUGUCCUUAUGAACCCAAAGUCUGUAGGCUAUGAAGUGUGCAGGACGUCUCUUAUUCCAGGGCUAAUGAAGACGAUUGCCUCGAACCUACACAUGAAGCUUCCCUUCAAGCUGUUUGAGGUUUCUGAUGUUGUCCUCCUGGACAAGGAGAACAAAUGUGGGGCCAGGAACUCAAGGAGACUUGCAGUCGUGUACUCUGGGCACACACCAUGCCUUGAGGAGAUUCAGGGAUCCCUUUCUCUCCUCCUGGAAAAGUGCGGGAUCCAACUCUCAUACAGCCCUUACGACGAUCCCAUCAGAUACAUCAAGAACCAAAGCGCACUGGUGAUCGCAGGGAACACAACCAUUGGGUCAAUAGGAGUAUGCAACCCAGAAAUAUGCAGGGCCUUCAAGGUUCCAUACGCAGCAUCAUUCCUUGAAGUGGAUGUUGAAAAGUUAUUUUCUGUUUAUACAGAAACGAAUUAA